AUGCCCAGAGUUGUGUUGCAGGUCUACGAACAGUUUGGGUGCAAGCGUGGAGCAAAACGGACAAAGAAGAAGGCAAACAACACCUUGGCCUUGGCUCCUGAUUCCACCACUUCAACCUCCAGUAGCCUGCCCAGUCACAUUUCCCAGAUGGAAGAAGGACCAUAUGGCUAUUCGAUGGGGUCUCAGGGACUGUCCAGGACAAGUGAUAGGAGCGGAGAGCCAAUGAUGGGCAUGGCGUAUUUGCCCUAUUCUACUUGUUCGAAUUCAACAAUUGAAAGACCAGCACAGCAGAGUCACGUUAUACAACAGGAGUUUUCUCAGUUCCUUCUUCCUCCUCCUCCGUCCACUUUUCGGCAGCCAGGGCAGAAGAGAGGCCUGAGUAAGGACAGCAUGGAAUACCGACUGAGGCGUGAGCGCAACAACAUCGCUGUAAGGAAGAGCCGGGAUAAGGCACGCCGGCGUAUCCAGCUCACCCAGCAAAAGGCCUUGGAGCUUCAGGAGGAAAAUCACAGGCUACUGCUGCACAUCGAACAACUUAGCCAUGAGGUGGACACGCUCAGUCGCUAUCUCUCUCAGCGCCACCUACAGAGCAAAGUAAAUGACUUAAGAGUUGACGAGAACUGUUGAGAGACCUUAGAAACUCACUUACCGUAGUUAUCAGGUUAGUGGACCUGAUUGUAUAAUUACAUAAAUGAAGAAAUGUAAAGGCUGUAAGAUUAUACUGUCAUAUUUUAGACUCACUCAGUUUCUAUAUCAAUAGGAUAGCCUGUAAAGCAAUAUGCAGAUCAAAAUGGACCAUAAAUAUUCUGAAAUGUAGUCAGGCUAGCUAAACUGCAGAUAGCAUCACUUUAUUAAAGCGCUUUCUUUAUGUAUUCAAUUAACCAAAUAAAAGAAAAGCAGGAAAAUGGCACACACUGCAAGAAAUGACAUCUUACCAAGUGAAAAUAUCUUGAAUAUAGUCAAAUUUAUCUAGUAUUUCCUAUUAUAAGAUUACCAUACACCAAAUAAAAGAUUAUUAAACUUAUUUUGAGACAUUUUUACUCAUUCUAUUCUUUACAUUUUUUUUUCUAUUAGCAGAUAAUUUUACACCAUUUUAGAAAUAAAUGCUUAAAAUGAGCAGAAUUAUCUGCCAAUAGAAUCAGAGAAAGUCAAGCUUAAAAUUAGUAACAAUGUCUUAAAAUAAGUUUAAUAAGCUUAUAUUUGUUGCAUGCUAAUCUUAUAAUAGGAAAUACUAGAUACAUUUGACUAUAUUCAGGAUAUUUUCACUUGGUAAAAUGUUUUUGCAGUACAGUUGGCCUUUUCAAUAGUCUCUAAUUUAUAAAAACAAAUUCAUGUCCAUCUUUUUUUUUUUUGUAUUUUUCCAAGAAUCCAAGUAUUUUAGUAUUAUUAUGAUAGAAGUGAAUUAAACAAAGUUUCAAGAGGACAGGAUGUUUCUGGCUCUGUCUUUAUUAACAAGUACAGAAUUUCACAUCCAUUUUGCUAUUUUCUUGAUAAUUGAAUGUUCCUCAUAGCCAUAUAUGUAAUCGUAGCUUCAGCGGGGAACUUCGGCUCACACUGUUUUAUUAUUCAUAUCUUUACAUGACAUUUGUUGACCAUUUUUGUUACUUUUUUUUGUUACCAUUUUUUGAAACAGCUGUAAAGCUCUCAUUAAAUGACUUGUUAGUGUAUGCAAUCUUUUGCACUGAACUUAUAUUUUAUAUAAAUAAUGUAUGUUUUAAUGUAAUUUACUGGACAUAUAUGUAUCAGAAAUGUCAGUGUUUACAAAAAAAAAGAAGAAUUGUCCUAAUAUAUAGUCUAUAGCAUACACAAGUGGAAGAAACCCUUA